AUGAAAGUACAGGACCUUGAUGCUGUGGCAACAGAUGUGUUCGGAGAAAUUCGUAAGAAGAGAGAUAAAAUUAAGACAGGGUUUGCUGAAGUCUUGCUCGUAGCAGAGUGGAUGCAGGAUAUGGAAGAUGAAGUCAUAGAGUUUGAUAGCAGCAGGUGGAAUUCUGGUAUUAACGUGGUAGAACAGAAAGCAAUUGAAAUUUUUGAAUGUUGUCACCAACUCAAACUAAUCUGUAAAGGAUUCAACUUCGUCGAUGAGCUCAAGUGUGUCAUUGGAAUUAUGAAGACACGUUCUCAAUAA